GAGCGCAAACGGAUGUAGUCUAUACCGACUUUAAAUCUGCUUUCGACCGAGUUGAUCGCAAAAUAUUGUUGAAACGACUAGAGACUAUCGGUAUCUCUUCAUACUUAACUUGCUGGUUCGAAACGUAUCUUAGAGAUAGAAAACUUUGAGGGAAGAUAGGAACAGAAUGCUCAGAUACGUUCACCAAUACUUCCAGCGUCCCCCAAGGUAGUAAUUUGGGCCCAUUAUUGCUCUUUACGCUGUUUGUCAACGAUCUGUCGUAUUUGCUGCCCCCAGGACGUCAACUAUUUUAUGCUAAUGACGUUAAAACCUACAUGCUAAUCAAAUGUCAUGACGACUGUUUUGCGUUGCAGAUUUUAGUAGAUGAAUUCACAGAUUAGUACUCAAUUUUCCAACACUCAGCGUACAUAAGUGCAACGUCAUACCCUUUCAUAUUAAGCUAAUUGGUAUUGCACUCUGGUCGGAUCUCUUCUGGAGUCGAAUGUUGUGGUGUGGUGCCCAUAUAAAUUUUAACGUGGAUAAGAAGAAUAGAAGCAAUUCAGCGGGAGUUUGUGAGGCGUGCCUUUUGAAGCCUUCCAUGGCGAGAUCCCUCGAAUUUGCCCCCAUAUGAACACCGGUGUAGUCUGCUACAACUGGACACCUUGGAAACCCGUAGAUUCAUGGCACAGGUUGUUUUUGCAGCAAAGAUUUUGCUUGGUGUAACGGAUGCUCCGGAACUGCUAAGCCGACUCAACAUGUAUGCUCCGGAAAGAAUACUACGUCAACGGGAUUUUCUAUAUAACGAACCAAGGAACACGAUAUACGGUUCACAUGAUCCGUUACGCCAUGUCAGUUAAUUUCAAUGAAGUGUUUGCCGCAUUUGACUUUAACUCUCCUGUUACAAGUUUUCAACGAAGGGUCACUGAACACUGCCAGCAUAUCAAGCUGGCUCACCAGUUUUGGUUUUCGUUCCCCCCACCGGGAGCUUCUGGUGGAAGUUCAUCAAGUACCCACAGCAGAAACGAUACCAAAGCAGGACCUACCGAGGAGGAGAAACAAAAGGAGCGGCAGAAAAAUGAAACGGCUGAGCGCGAACAGCAAAAGCACCAGAAAAUCGAAGCAGCUAUUUUCAAGCGCGAAGCUCGUGAGGUUCGACAGCUCGACAAUGAGCUAUUAAAUCAGCGUAGAGCUCAGGAAAGGGAACGCCAGGCGCAGUUGGGAUCUGAGCGCCAGGCAGCAGCGGUAGUAGUUUCAUCUACAACUCAAGACGUCACUAUUUUGGAAACAUCUGGGACUUCUACAUUUACUGCUGACACCAGGCCAAACGAAACAUCACCCGGUGUAAAAAGUGCUUCGGAAAACCCUGCAAUGUCGUUGAAGGAAUGUAGUCAAACUAGUCAGGAGGAAAACACGCAUCAAAUAUCUCCUAUGAAUGUGGCUAUGUUCAAUAAAACAUCCAAUUUAGAAUAUCAGGAAACAACACCAGCAAUUCCUUUCGAGUUCAUACAGAAUCGACAGGAUUCUACUGAAAGCGAAUUGUCAACAACUUAUUCACAAUCACAAUCGGAAGCGUAUCAGAAGCUAAUGUGUCGAGCGCCAAUAGCAUCGUUAGAUUGUAUGGAGGAAUUCAGUGGUACGACAGCACAGCUAGAUUUCGGUCGUUCAACUAGCUUAGGUUCGAAUCCAGCAAUCCCGGUUCGCAACAAUGCAACAACUACACCCGGCUUACGUUAUAAAAAUUUGGGGAAAAGUGGUAUGCGCGUGUCAAAUGUUGGUCUUGGAACGUGGCCAAUUUUUUCUCCUGGUGUAUCGGAGGACCAAGCUGAAGCUAUUCUACGAUUAGCUGUCGACAGUGGUAUCAACCUUUUUGAUCUGUCAGAAGCGCAUUCUGGCACACGAGCAGAAAUCGAGUUGGGAAAGAUUAUUCAAAAAGCAGGCUGGAAACGAACAAGUUACAUCAUAACGACCAAAAUAUAUUGGAGCACUAAAUCCGAAGAACGUGGACUAUCCAGAAAGCAUAUAAUAGAAAGUGUUCAAGCCAGUUUACAACGAUUGCAGUUAUCCUACAUAGAUAUAGUUCUCGUACAUAAGGCUGAUUCAAUGUGCCCAAUGGAAGAAAUAGUUCGUGCAAUGAAUUAUGUUAUUUCGCAAGGAUGGUCGAUGUACUGGGGAACUGCCAGGUGGUCUCCAGUUGAGAUAAUGGAAGCGUAUACAAAUUGUAGGCAAUUUAAUUGUGUUACUCCCAUAGUAGAGCAAGCUGAAUAUCACAUGUUCUGCAGGGAGAAAGCCGAGCUAUACCUCCCUGAGAUGUAUAACAAAAUCGGCGUUGGUUUCAUGGCUUGGGGUCCACUAUCAAUGUGCUUAGGAGAUACACAGAACGGGGAGCGUCUAUGGUUACCUAAAGGAUCAUUCAAAACCAAAAGUCAGAGCUAUUCUUGGACUGAAGAUGAAGUGAAUAAAGAAGAACGACUGGAAGAAACACGCAGAAUGUACGACAAAGCUAGAGACAUAAGUAACCUUGCAGAAAAAUUAGGAUGCAAUGCGAUGCAGUUAUCUAUUGCGUGGUCACUGAAACAUGAACCAGUCCAGUGUUUACUACUGGGAGCGACAUCGCCUGAACAACUGCAUCAAAGCUUGCAAGCUUUACAGCUCUUACCACGGCUUUCAACAGGCGUUAUGCUGGAAAUUGAGCGUAUUUUGGAUAAUAAACCAGUAAGGCCACCUCCAAUUUCAACACUAGCUCUUCGGUGACAAUCAGCCUGCCCCCCGGGGCCUCCUAGUUCAACAGGAGUGCCUUGUGGGGCAGAGUCUCCAAAAGAAGAAGACAUCAGUAUGGGUGACGAUCAAAAAGAAUCGCAGAAGAUUAGUUUUUGUGAAAUUCAGUGACAACAGGGGAAUUUAGACAGUAACAAAUUUUCCCUAAAGUCCAUAAAAUACUCUGAAAAUCCCAAAGCCAGUUCCAGGAAGGAUACGGUGAAAUAUGCAAAAGUGUCCGAAUCUACUAGCAAUUUAGAAAUUUCACUUUUGUCCACUACUCGCUUAGAUAGUAAUUCGACUAAUACUAAAACAAACAAUAAUUCAACCAAAGAUAAUAAAAGUGCACGCCAAUUAGAUCGCAAUAAGUCAAUUGAUACAAUGAUAACCAACACAAACGAGCAAAGCGAAAUCUCAAAACACAACAAAGUAAAAAUUCGUCGCAAUUCGAGUUUGAUUAGUUUCAAAUCGUUGGAUAUUAGUCUGAAAUCGAUAUAUUCGUCCCUGAAAGGACAAAAAGCCACUGUUGAUAAAACUCGAAACGAAUCUGCUUCAUCACAAAAAGCUACCUGUAUUCUUCGUGCGCCAUAUCUAAAGGUGGAAACAGUUGAAAAUGACGAAUCUCAAAAACUGCUUCUGACCUAUGCUCAAUCCCCUGGUGGCUCACAACAUCGCAGAAGUUUCGAUACUACCAGUUCGCAAUAUUUGAGUACACAAACUAACUACCAAGAGCUGACGCAAUCACCACAUGGAAGCUCAGUAUAUUUGUCAGUAAGCACUGGAAAUAUACGUCGUUCGUCAACUUCCGAUAUACUGGGCAGUCACAAUAGCAGCAGGAAAGGAAGUGUGCAACAAUCGUCUUGUGGCUCCGUUUUGGAAAAUCGCAAACCUAGUACAUCAGACAUGCUUCGUAAAGCUCGUGAGCGGAAAGGCAGUGAAGGAAAGAUCGGGCGCAGCAUUUCCCAAGGCGGUAUUGCUAGGGGAGGAAUGCGAAGUCGAAGAAUCAGUAUGGCAUACUAGAACAUAAAACUAAAGCCCAAAAACUUAGUUUAACCCUUUGGAGACGGAUGGGUCACAUUAGCCCAGCCGAGAAAACUGACCAUUACAAACGUGUUCUAGACCAGCGAGGUUGCAUCCAGAAAGACGAAAAUGCCGUCUCCAAAGGGUUAAGUCGCUUAGAUAUAAAAGCAUUAUUGAUAUUUUUGUUAUU